AUGAGCGAGCGGAAAGACGUGUCAUCCUUGCUGCCGUCGCAAUUCACAAGAAGGCAGCUGAGCAACGGGAUGCUGCCUGGAGCUUCUGGCAGGGUCUGCAAGAAUCCUUUGCGUGCUGCUCCCACCCAACAACGGAGGCUGACAUGGUUGUAUAAGGCGGCAGCAAAUGCCAACGGAAUUGUGGCGGCCGAGCUCCAGUUGAACGCCAAGGCAGUGGUCUACUUCGGAGCCGUCCCCUCCUUCACGGCAUCAGAGAGAAGCCAGGUGGCGACAGCCAGGUGGCUCGACCACGUGGGUCUUCUGAAAGAGACUCCGAAGCCCAAAGACUGUUGGUAG